GUGUUUUACAUGCAUUUUGGAUUAUCUAUCAAUAUCGUGAUGAGAGUGUACCAGACAAUGAAGCAGGGGCAACCUUACCAUCGAGAUCUAGAAAUGUAAAUCCAGACAAUGAAUCUGGGUUAACCUUGCCAUCGAGGUCUAAAAAUGUGGGUCCAGAUAAUGAAGCAGGGGCAACCUUGCCAUCAAAGUCUGGAAAGUAA